AUGGCGCCUUACAUCGCCCAGCGUCUUGUUUUGGUUUGGGGAAUCUUGUUAAGACCAUCCUCAUCUGCGCUUCUGGAAAGCCAAACUAACCAGCAUCCCUACUCUUUGGAGGCCAACAACCCACUCUCCCAUUUUUUGGAAGCUGGAAGGAGAGCCAAUGGCCCUGCGAUGGAAAAUGGAAGUUCAAAUGGAAGCGAAGAGAAUUAUUUCAUCGACCCCAUCACAGACCUACAAGAUGCCAUCCCUGGAGGGGGAAUCCCCGGUCGAGACUAUCCCAUUUUUGCUUUCGUUCCCAGCACAGGAUUCAACUGUCGAGGUCGGAUGCCCGGGUAUUACGCAGAUACCCAAACUGGGUGUCAGGUCUUCCACAUCUGUCAGGCCAACAACAGGAAAGAUUCGUUCCUCUGCGCCAAUGGAACGAUCUUCAGUCAGCGAAAUUUUGUCUGCGACUGGUGGUUCAGCGUUGACUGCUCAACAGCUGAGACGUUUUAUGGCUUAAACAGCGAAAUAGGCAAAGUUGGUGGAAUCAACAGCGAAAAAGUUGAUAGCAAUUCCGAUAAAAAUGGCAACAUUAAUGUGCACAGCACGGCCAGUGGCAUCAACUCCGCCUCCAGUGCUAAUGGUCUUGUAAACAAUAAUGCAAAUGGCAAUGCUAAUAACUUCAUUAGUAGUAAUGGUAACGGAUUCACCGCCAGUAAUGUCAGUCUAAACAGUGUCACCAACAGCAAUACCUACAACAGUGCAACGCCAUCUGGAAGGCUUCCUGAAAAUAAUGUCGUCAGCACGACUGGGUUCUUUAGUAACAACGGUAUUGCUAAUAACAACAGAGGCAAUAAUAGCCACCAAAAUGGAUUCCUCAAUGGGAAAAUCACUGGAAACGCCUUUGGAAGCCGCAAUGAAUACUUAACUGGUAACAGAAAUAGCGAUGGAUAUAUUACUCAAAAUGCAUUUGGAAACAAUAACGUGAAAAAUAAUAGAUUCAACACUGGCAACAUAAAUAAAAGCAACAACAGGAAUGGAUACAAUACUGGCAACAGUAUUGGAAGCAACAAAGAAUACAAUAACAGAAAUGGCAACAGAUAUGAUAGUGGGAAUGGCAAUAGAUUUACCAAUGACAGUGGUAAUAGAAAUGGCGUUGGUGACAGCAGACAUGAUUCGGGGUAUGUAAAUGGAAACCUACAGUACAACGGCGAUGGAUUGAGUGGUGGUAGUGACAGGGGACUCACCAGUGAUAUCAACAAUACAAAGGAUACCUUCAACGUGAAUGGAUAUAACAGCGCAGCAAAUGCAUUAGUAAACAAAAAUAUGAAAGGAAAUAGAAGCCACACUAGAUUCAAUAAUGGGAACAUGUUUGGAAUCCGUAAUGGAAACAACAAUAAAUACAACAGUGGCAAUGUCAGAAUCGACCACAGCAACAUGAACGGAUUCAACAUGGCGAAUACAUUUGGAACCAUUGAUGAAAACAGCAAUGUUGAUAGUAAUGGAAAUUACAACAGAUUCAACAGUGUCAAUGGCAAUAUUAAUAACAAUGAUAAUAAUAACAAUGGCUACAACAAUAUAAAUGCACUUGGAAGUAAAAGCGUGAACAGCAAUACGCAUGGCAGUGGAUAUGGCUAUCAAUUCAGACCUGGAAAUAACAAUGGAUUUCCCAAUGAUAAUAGCAAUAGCAGGGUGACUGGAAACACCAAUAAUAACGGCCAUGGAACGAAUGGAAAUAUUAAUAACAAUGGAUACAGCAGUGGAAGUCCAUUUAGAAAUAAUCUGAACAAUGAUAUGCACGGUCAGGAUAAAGGCAAUAUUUUAGUCGAUGGUAACGGCAAUGUGAAAGACUAUAGCACCAAUAAUGGAUUCACCGCUGGGAAUGGAUUUGGAAGCAGCAAUGGUCAUAGUGACAGGAAUGGGAACAGAUUUGGCAUUGAAAACAACAGAGGAUUUCCCAGUGACAGCGGAAAAGGCUCCGGUAAGAACAAGCCCAUUGAACAUGUAAAUGGGGCCUUCAUUAAAAAUGGAUUUAGUGGUCCCGAUGGUAAUGGGUUUGCUGGUGGUGAUAGAUUUACUGCUGGUAAUAGUAAUGAAUUUGCUGCUGGUAAUAGCAAUGGAUUUGCUACUGGUAAUAGCAAUAGAUUUACUGCUGGUAAUGGUAAUGGAUUCGCUGCUGGUAAUAGUAAUGGAUUUGCUGCUGGUAAUAGCAAUGGAUUUACUGCUGGUAAUGGUAAUGGAUUUGCUACUGGUAAUAGCAAUGGAUUCGCUGCUGGUAAUAGUAAUGGAUUUACUACUGGUAAUGGUAAUGGAUUUGCUACUGGUAAUAGCAAUGGAUUUCCUGCUGGUAAUAGCAAUGGAUUUGGUGCUGGUAAUGGAUUUUCUGCUGGUAAUAGUAAUGGAUUCGCUGAUGGUAAUAGUGAUGGAUUUACUACUGGUAAUGGUAAUGGAUUUGCUACUGGUAAUAGCAAUGGAUUUGCUGUUGGUAAAAGUGGUGGAUUUGCUACUGGUAAUGGUAAUGGAUUUGCUACCGGUAGUAGCAAUGGAUUUGGUGCUGGUAAUGGUAAUGGAUUUGCUAGUACCAUCAGUAAUGAAAACAAAGGUAACUACGGCAACAUUAACAGCGAAGAAAGCACUAAUGAAUACAACUUUGGUGGCACAUAUGAAAAUAGGAAUAAUUUCUCAGGCGAUUUCGGGAAUAGAAGUACCUUAAAUGGUGCAGGUGGUAAGCAUGAAAGCAGAAACAGCAACAAGGAGCAACAAGCAGCCCCUUUUAACUCCCCUAGUGUAAGUAGCAAUUACAGCACCAGCUUCAGCAGGAAUGGACAUCAUUACAUUUGGUCACAAUCAAACUCCUUCAAUUUCCACGCCAGUUCUGACAAAGGGGUGAACUUAAGAGGAAAUGAUCCCAACAACAAAAGCGAGUCACAAGAAAAUUCCCGUAACUCCUUCACUAAAUUGGAAAAUUGUGAAAACGUAUCUGGUGCAAAUGGUAAUUUUGGCACCAAUGGAGAUGAAAUUGACAAGAACAGCAGUGGGUCGCAAGCAAAACCAACUAUUUCUUUGAACAAUUUCAACGACUUGGCUCGUGGGAAUGAUAAUCAUGGCAGCCGAGGUUAUAUUCAAAGAAAAGUCAUUAGGAAAUUGCAACCCAACUCACAAUCUUCCCCGAACAAUAUUGUAGCCCAAGGUGAUCAUCCUACGGGUACCAAUAGAAAUGACAGGGGCAGGGAUGAGUCACAAUUAAAUUCACAAAAUUCGUCCCCUAACUUUGGCAGCUAUGGAAACCCGAAUGGUGGAGAUGCCAGAUACGGUGCCCAUGGUACUAGGAUUGGCAUAGAGAACAGUAGGCUUCAACCAGGCUCAUCAUUAGAAAAUAGAGGUCUAAAUCCUUAUGAUGUUCUAGGCUUUUUUGGUAACGCUGGCAGCCUGAUCAACAGAGCUAAGAGAUAUGGCACUAUUAACACUAUAGUUGGUAUUUAG